AUGCCGGGCAUCAGUGCUCAGGCAGCGGUGUGGCAGAAGAUCAAGGAACAGCAACAGCGUUUGCGUCCAGAGCUGUCGGUUGAAUUCAGGGUUAAGCGAACAUUCGACGCGAGAAAAUCCUCGACCGCGGACAAAAAGUCACAAACCAGGUUUGGACAGAGAGGUGUUGGGCCGGCGAAUCACAGCAGCGAGAUUCAGCACGCGGGCGGCUUUGGGGACGAGACGCGGGCCUUGUCGGUGGUUGGACAGCAGAGGUUCGAUAUACACAAGUAUUCAGGCCAAGUGUCUGGGAUAUCUGGGGGUAAGGCUGCCGUCGAUAUGUGUUGUACUGAUGACGGAUCCCUUCAUGACACAAGAGUCAAUUCCCAAUAUUAUUUCCUCGCGCCUUCCCGCGUUCCUGGAAAAGAUGCAGUGCAGCGCCAACCAAUGGAAGCGCUUGGUCACGUGAUUAUAGCCGGACAAUUGGCUUGGCACAUGUCACGGGCAUUCAGUCCGAACCUUCCCCAAAUGAGAGUAGCGUGUUCUCCAGGCUCUGGACAGUCUGAAGGGAGUCCGUCUGAAGCUGUCCUCGCACAUACUGUUCCUGUGCCUGACGAUGUACAGGCGCCCAAGGUAACAUCCUAUUCGAACGCUGGAAUGAUGAGAGCAUGA